GGACGGCCGGGGUGCUGGCCAGGCGCACCAUGGAGACAAGUGCGUGUAUCUGUUAGAGUGGGUGAAAUGCUUCCCUGAGACAUACUGGGCCAUCUCUGCUGGAGUCGGCACCGUGAUCCGUGACCCCGCAAGUUGCCCAGGGGGCGCUCCAACUUCAGCUCCUGUAGUGGCACCAACGAUGGACCCGACGGCAGCUCCGACGGGACAUCCAACAGAAUAUCCGACAGGAGCGCCGACGCCGGUGCCAACUCCAGCAGUACCGACGGCAGCUCCGACGGCACUUCCGACAGUCUUUCCGACACCAGCUCCGCCAACGGCGGCUCCGACACCAGCUCCGCCGACGAUGUCUCCGACGGCGCCCCCGACGUUGCCUCCCUCAGAGCAAGGUCCGGCGGAUGACGCCAGGUUCCUGCUGCACGCCACCUUCGGGCCGACGAAGGAGACCCUGCAGGAGCUGAGUGGGAAGAGCUAUCCUGAUUGGGUCCAGGAGCAGAUGCAGCUGCCGGCCAGCUCCCAUCGGGAGUACUACCGCAAGCGCGUCAGCCCACGGAAGAACAGUGACACCGCGCACAUCAACUUGGCGGAGAGGCCCAUCUGCACGAAGGGCUCCCGCUGGCACGGGUACGCGCUGACAAGAGAUGACAUAGGGUCGAGCAUUUUUAUCAGCGGCGGGAAGGUCUUGAUCGGCAACGUGGCGCGGACGGACAUCGAUGCGGGUUACGCCAACAACGGCCUCAGCGCGCCGAUGACGUGCACGGAUGUCCCUACGCCGCAGAUGGUCUCUGAGAACGAGGCCUGCAGCGCCCACGGGGCGUGCAAGUACGACAACGACUGGGUCGCGAGCAAGUAUUGCCAGCAGAGCUGCUUCGACGCAGGCAACGGCUACGACGGGGACGACUGCUCGGGCGGAUGGCCCUCCCGGAAUGGUUGGGGUGGCUUCGUCUGCCUCGUGCAGGAGGAGGUCGGCGGGAUGGUCGUGCUGGGCACGCAGUCGGAUUGCUCGCCGUGGGGUGUGAGGAUCUAUCUGUACAAUCCCGCCAUCUGGUUCGCGGACGCGUCGGUGGCCGUGCCGACCACCCUGCCGUUUGACCAGGCCAGCUGGAGGCCGGGGCUCAUCUUCUUGAGGGAGGACGCGCAGAACUGCAACCUCGACAGCAAGGGGCUCCCGCGGGAGGGAGCAGCGGCAGGGUUGCGCGGGUCCCUGCGGUCCCGCCCUCUCCCCCCUCCUUCCAGGCUUUGACUCUCCGUCCCGCCCUCUCCCCCCGGCCUGUCCAGGUUCAUACUGCAGGGCGGGCAUUUCUACCGGCACGAGACCAGGCUGGCCCUCGAGGACCACACCUGCCAGCUGCAGCCAGAGGACGGCGCGCUCGACUUCGGCAUCGACGGGCACCUGUGCGGCUCACCGGGCGAGGUCUCGAACGCUGGGACAGGGGGGCACCAGUUCCCGAUCCGCGCCUCUGGGUGGCUCGCGCCCCCAGUCGGCUCGCCGCCCGACUACGUGUAUGACAACAGGUAUGGCACCCACAUGUUUAAGUGGCCGCCGCUGACCACGGGCCUCGCCAGGGGUGCGGUCUGGCUGAAUUUGGCGUUGCACGCCUCCGACCAGCUGCGCCAGCGGGUGGCCUGGGCCCUCUCCCAGGUCUUCGUCAUCGGUUCCUCCCUGGGCGGCCACGACUACUUCACCGAGAUGUGGGUCAAUUACUACGACAUAUUCGUGCGCCACGCCUUCGGGAAUUACCGGGACGUGCUGAGGGAAGUGACGUUCGCGCCGCUGAUGGGCGAGUACCUCACGUACGCAGGCAGCUUCUCUUUCGACGACAGCCUCUCCUACGCCGACGAGAAUUACGCCCGCGAGGUCAUGCAGUUGUUCACCAUCGGCGUCGCGAAGGUCGUCACAGACGGCAGAGUGGUCGUCAACGAUAAGGGGGAGGACGUGCCGACCUACACCAAUGAGAACAUCAUGAAUUUCGCCCGCGUCUUCACCGGGUUCGUCCGCUGGAACGACAUGCGCAUGAACAUCGAGCUGGCUACCGAGGGCUCGACUGCCAACUACAUUGACCCCAUGAAGAUCCGGGGCAGGCCCCACGACAUCUAUCCUAAGCCAGACCUGUACGGCGGCUACCUCGGCGACGGGUACCCCGUGUGCAGCAGCAUGCCUGAACGCCCUUUCCUGCUCGCUGGAGCCAGGUUCGAAUUCCGAGGCCAGUCGGCGCCGAAUUGCACGGAACUCGACGUCUACUACGACCCGCGCGAUAUGGCCGGCCAGUUCCCAAGCACGACGCAGGACUCGGAUGCCUGCCAGCAGCGCUGCAAGUCCGUGAGCGGCUGUGCGCACUUCACGUUCAGGGUCUUCGAUAAGAGGUGCACCCUCGCAGACAGCGGCGCGCGUGCGCUUCCCAGCUACGAGCAGUACUCUGGUCCGCCAGAUUGCGCCCCCCUCGUGUUCGAGCCGAGUGCUGGUUCGAGCCUGCUGAGCGCGCUGUGCGGCGGUGACGAGGGCGAUUGCAAGUUCGCCCCCUCGCGAACUUUGCCGUCGGCCUCGCCAUGCCACGGCUCUGAGUGCUCGUUGGAGUCGCUCACCUACGUUAAGGUACCCGGCGGCUACUACGAGUUCGUGCCGCCACCAUGCGUGCACAUGUUCUUCUACAACGGAAGGCGAACGGAGGACGGCCAGUGGUGGGGCGAAUCGGUAUAUUAUUUCGGGCGUGAGUGCGUGCAGCCAUAUGGUAAGCUUGCCGCCGCGUCCUGCUGCAGGGGCUGUACGAACGAUGAGAACUAUUGGAUGCAGCUGAAGGGCUUCACCUGCUUGAACCACAACACGACAUGGCUCACCUGGCCAGACGGCCUCCCAGCGAUGACCAUAGAAAAGUGCAGGCACGGGGAUGAGUACAAUUGGCUGGGUCCCAAGGCUUGCCGGCUUUCAUGCUGGGAGGGGGGCGCGGGCUACGAGGGCGACGAUUGCAGCGAGGGCGCCUACGCUGAGAGCCGCGUCUGUGGCGUCCACGUCAGCGCCCACGACGCCGAGAGCCACUGCGCCAGCCUCGGUAUGCACGUGUGCGCGGAGGAGACCAAGCAGGAGUGCGACCUGCCAGCGGAGCGCGUGUGGACGCCCUCCACGUGUUCGCUCGUGGCGACGGUCCACGAGGACGGCAUGAUCAGCGCCCACACGCUCAACCACGCCCAGAACAGCUUCAUGCCCAGCUGGGCGGAUGGCGGCCCCCCGCCGGCGGGCGACUACAACGUCACGGUGGAGGCCGAGCCGGUGUUCACCACCGUCCCGACCAAGGCGGAGGCGGUGGCCGACCUGAAGAUUCUCGUGUUCGAGGUGCCCGGCGGCGCCCAGUGCGCGACGCCGUGCAGCGGCGACGUGAGAGUUUGGGGCACUGGGCCUCUGGACGCCGACACCGUCUUCGAGGUCGACGGCAAGCUCUACAAGAACGAGCGGAGCAUGGUCCGCGUGGGGAGCGCCUCCUUCCGCAACCCGCCAGCCUUCAUCGCCCCAGGGGCGCUCCGCCAGACGGGCCGGGCGCUGGAGCGGGCCGCGCACGCGGAGGUGGAGAGCCUCCUGGACCACCUGUUUUAUCACUCCAACACGCCUGUGGUGGUCAGCCGCAAGCUGAUCCAGCGCUUCGUCACCUCGAACCCGUCUGGCGAUUACCUCGAGGCCGUGGCGACGGCCUUCUCAACGGGCGCCUACGCGGGCCACGUGUACUCUGGCAGGUACGGAGACCUUGCGGCCACGGUCGCGGCCGUCCUGCUCCACCCGGAGGCCAGGUCCGCCGACCAGAACACAGUGGGGCUGCUGAGGGAGCCGAUGCUGAAGCUCGUGCACUUCAUGCGGUCCAUGGAGUACGCGGACAAGGAGGACCAGAUGGUCGUCACGCGGAACCUGGACAUGGCGAUCGGGCAGUUCCCCUACAGGUCCCCGACCGUCUUCAACUUCUACGAUGCCCUGUACGCGCCGCCCUCCUUCUCGGGGGUGCAGCAGUCUAUGAUGCGGCGGGACGCGAAGCAGCGGCUUCAGGCGCCCCGCCCCGAGAGCGCGCGCGCGCGGCGCGCUGGCCCCCGCGAGGCCCUGCAUCCCCAGGCCCCGCGCCGCUGUGUUGUUUGCCGUUGCCCGUCGCGCUACCUGCGUCCGCUUGAUGGAUAUGCUGUCUUCCUCGGCCUCUGCUGCGGGGAUUCUUGGGGGC